AUGGAAGAGGAGCUUAGCGACCAUGAUGUGGGGCAAGCUUUGUACCCUAUGCUACACGAUAGGACGAACUACAAUCAGGCUCACAUAAAUGGAUAUACGAAUAAAAAAGAUGAGGUUCAAAUUCCUAAUCUUCCGCGUACUCCCAUACGCCGUUAUUGGCACACCAACGCCGAUAACUUUUCACUAUAUCGAAAAAUUAACACAUUACCCGAUACUACAAACAAUUCUAACAAACCAAAACCACAAGAUAACAUUAACGAGUCUAAAUCUGUAUCCCAAGAUUUGGCACCAUUGAAAAGUAAACUCCAAGAACAACUCCUUCAAGUAUGUCAAUCUUCUAAAAACGAAAAACAAAAUUCUACUGAAAAAGCAGAUUUAUCUAUCUUCCAAUUGCCUGUACCUAGCAAUUUAAAGAAAACUAUUGAGAUCUUGGAUAAUGAUGAAUGCCAUGUUGUAAGUGUUGAAUCAAGUGAUGAAGAUGAAGUGAUUGAGGUAGCAUUGCCUCCAAAACCUACUAUAACUAUUGAAAGUUCUGAUGAUGAAGUGUUGCUUCAGUCAUCAUCUGAAAACAAAAAUGCUAAACAGAUGGACAACCCAAUAUCAGACAGGGCAGUAUCAUCUAGCCCCGUCCCGUCAAUUGUAUCUUCUGUAUCAGAUGAUUUCAUCAGAGGUGACUGUAUUGCACUUAAUAUCUCAUCCCGUCAUGUCAAUAAUGAAAGUUUUGACUUUAGCCUGCAUGGUUCUGAUCUGAAUAUACAAAAACCAUCAAAGAAAAAGCGAAAAAAAAAGAAUAAAGAUACUGCAACUUCUACACCCUUGCAGACUCAAAAGGAUAUACCAAAUCAAAAUCAAAUUGAAUCUUGCUUUGCAACACCUAAGAGCAAAGCUAAGAAGAAGAAAAAAGCAAAAACAAAUAAAGUUGGUCCAAUCCAACAAGCAGACAUUUAUGAUUCAGACAGCAACCAUUCUACUAAUGAAGCUGCAAAAAAUCAGAAGACAUAUCUAGUUACAGAAAAAAGCUUGCCAAGUACAGAUGUGUAUGAGUCUGAUUCUAAUCAGUCAGAACAACAAAAAGACCAGAAAAAAGACACUGAAAUAUCCAGCACAGAGAUUGACAGUUCUGAUGGUAGUGUUCCAGAGAAGCAAGAUGGUAUAUCAGUUGCGGAAGAUUUCAUCUCCAUAAUAAACCAUUCAGACCUUGUUGAUCUCACUGCUCCAGCACCUGAAAUUGAUGAAAAUAUUGUCAUGGGAAAUGUUACUGGCUUUUCAGGAGAAACAGUUGAUGAUUUCAAUCUGUCCAUAGAUGGUUCAUGUAGUUUGGGUUCAACAAAAAUUCCUGCAAUCCUUUGUGAAGAUCUUGAUUUUGAUAAUUUAAAAGGCAAAACUCAGAUGUCUAAACGACGACGGUACUCUCUAACAACGCUACGAGCAGAGAUGGAUAAGUUCUAUAAUGAAAGCUGGGGCGGUGAAAACUUUAAUCAUAGAGAAAUACAGAAAAAUAUGUCACGUGAUAAAAGUCUGUGGGUUAUUGACCCAAAGGAUAAAAUGCCACCAACAAAAAGAAAAGUGACAUGUAACUACUGCAACCGGUCAGGUCAUCGUGAUGACAUGUGCAGAGCUAAGCCACCUGUCUGCUAUAUGUGUGGCUCCACGGGACACUAUGAGACUCGAUGUCCCCACAAGAUUUGUGUCAAUUGCGGUUCCCCGAAUCACAUAUAUUCGAAUAUGUGUCGCAAUUGUGCGAAUUGGCGCUACAUUCGCUGCUCGGAGUGUGGCCAAGGAGGGCAUCCGGCUUCUCACUGCCCUGACCUGUGGAGACGAUAUCAUGAUACGACCGACUUGUCUAUGGCACUUGAAGAGAACCACCAAACAAAGAAACAUUACCAACACUACUGCAGCGGCUGUACCCGCCGCGGUCAUCUCGUCCACAGUUGCCGUAUCAGCCAUUUCUUCUCGGGCCUCCCAAUUAACGCUCCUUACGUGUUCUCCUACAGGCCCCUCUUUACUUUUAACUCCAACGAAAACUCAGACCUUAACGUGAGAUCCUGCCAGCAAGACAUCACUGUCGACUCAAACAAAAUCAGCAAAAAACGCCAAUCCAAAUCUCCAGUGGCUCACGACACUCACCAACCAAAGAGGAGAAGCUUUUGCUCCGAGUCUGAUGGAAAAUUACUCAAUAGCCCCCUCAACCCAAAUAAAAAUCAAGUCGCGGCUGUCUCUAAUACUUCAAAUAAAACACCAGAAAAUCCGAUUGAAACUGGGAAAACCAAAUCUUCGAAUCUUGACGAGCAAGGUCACAUGAUACAAGACAACGAAGUUUCCGACACGAGUGAAGUUAUAACAUUAGCUCGAAUUUAUUUAACUAAUGAACUCAGAGACGCCCUAAUCACAGAUGAGGGUAAAGCGUGGCUGGAGAACGCUCAAGAGAAGAACCAAAUCACUCUCGACUGCAGUGACGCCGAUGUUCCAUUCUUAAACAUCAAAGGCACUAUUGGCAAUCAAGAGGCGUUCCAAACGGAACUUCGCGAGUGGACCAAAUCGAAACAAUUAAAUAACUGCACUAUCGACAUUGAGAACACCUCGCCUAACUCGCUUCAAUCGAGCGAUAUUCCCAAAAACAAGAACGCCUUGUUGCGAAAAUUGAAGAGCUCACUCAACUCUUUGAAAAAAUUCUUGGGAGAACCGACUUUGCUAUACAAAGAGUUGACGUAUCAUCAAAACCGCCGCGGCCAUCUUUUGAAGGAAAAAGUGGUGAGCAGUGCCGCGUUGGGUAAUAACAGAGAUAACAUUAGGGGUAUGAUGAAGAAACUCAACAUGGUUUUACUUGGACAAGCCGGGCUCGCGGGUGGCUUGCAUCAUUUGCAUCAACUGAAUAUGCUCCAAGAAAAAAUAACUAACCUGAGACAACAAACAGUUUCCCAAUCGCUGCGGGACGAAAUUGGAAAGCAUUUCCAUUGUAUUUUCUCCGCCUUUCCCCGCGACGAUUAUGCGGAACUCGUUCAAAAGUAUAAUCUGAUUAAAAACGGUCCUUCCGUUUACAAGAAGAAAAAUAAUAAUGUGACGUUCCCCGUUCGUCCCAAGCAGUUUGCAGUUUCGCCUUCUGUGAACAGUAUCCAAAAAAAGAAAAUCCCGAUCACAGAUGAUCCAUCUACACAGCAAAAACAAGCAGUGACGAAUGUCUCUAACAAACUAAUGUUCUGCCUGAAUAGGGUAAAACAUUUUCAAGCACUCGAUUCGAAGUCCCUGAAGGCCCGCCACCAACUCGACCGAAAACUUCGUCUUGGUAUUGCGAAAUUGGGCAGGCUCAAUCGCAUGUCUGGGAAAAUUAGAAAGAAGAUGAAGAAAAUACAAUGGGAGGCGCAAUCCUUCUUGUCUACGAUUUAA